AUGACUCACGAAUCCGUCUUCUACAGCCGCCCACGAAACUACGGCAAGGGCAGCCGUCAAUGGUACGCUCCUACAACCCAUGCGUCGCGAGAACAAGGAGCAGAAUACAACCGCGCUUGCGCUCACCAGGCUGGUAUCAUCCGCAAGUACGGCCUCAUGAUCUGCCGUCAGUGCUUCCGUGAGAAGUCCAAGGAUAUCGGUUUCAUCAAGUACCGGUAA